AUGGCGAAUUUAACGUUGAGAUACCUGGAUGAGUUGUCGUAUGUGCUGAAUAGUAGGAAGCACCUCGCCAACCAGGCGAAGGCAUCCUCCGUGGGCGACCUCCUCAACGCCGAAGAAGAGAGAUUCACUCCGGUAUGUUAUGCUACAUGUACUAGUCUCACAGAAAAUUUUGACAUUGACACUGAAUUUUUUCGAUUGGCAAAUGCCAGUUCUACAUACAGCCUUUUGUGA